GGGUGUGCUGUUGAUUGCAGUUUUCAUUGUAACAACGCACUGAAGGAUUGAAUAACUGUGCCACCCACUGAAAAUGGAUCAUGUGCAGAAAGUUUCCUGGAGAGCUUCGGAAAGGGGAUGUGAUCUGUGAAUCAGCUUCGUCUUUUCCUGUAUUGAACAAUGCACAGAAAGCUGAGAUGCUGACGAUCAAUGUCAAUAUUUACAAACAAAAUUAAGAGAAUGCAAAGGUGUGCAGAAGACGUUCUCAUGUGUCUUUGGCUUGAGAAUGAUCCCAUGUCAAGGCUUGCUGAUUCUUCUGUUUCUUGAAGCUGCUUUUGCAAGCCACUGUCCACACCACUGUACAUGCUCUCUACCAGGAAACAGUCCAUUAAAACUGAACUGUAGCUUCAUGGGGAUGAUGGUGCUUCCACUUUUGCCAAGUCAAGUAGAAGAGUUGUACCUCCAGGGCAAUAAACUAGCCACGAUACCCGCAGGAGCAUUUGACCAUCUUCAGGUGUUGAAGAUCAUCAAUCUAUCUAGGAAUCCAUGGCAUUGUGACUGUGGGAUUUUGUAUCUGAAAAACUGGUUGGAAGACCAAGUGGGAAGCUUAGCUUCUAAAGAUGUUAGGUGCUUUUCCCCUCCUACACUUCGCAAAAAAAUGAUAUCUGAGCUCAAGAGGAACGAACUGCAGUUUUGUUUCACUUCCCGUACACUGUGUUCGGAUUUCUUGUUCAAUGAUGCAUUCCUAUUCUUUUUUAUUCUUAUUCUUUUUAUUAUCAUUUGUUUCUUGAUAACAAAAAGGACUAAGUUUAAAGUGGAUAUCGCAGACCCAGGAACACAGCCUGCUAUUUCUGAUCAACCAAAAAGAAGAACAGAGAAAAGAGUACUGAGCCAUUCAUCAUUGCUUGUGACUACUGUGCAUUAGGUUGCAGAACAAAGAGAAAGGUCAAACAAAUUAUUUCUGUUUAUCAUUAAAAGUCAAACGGUCAACUGAAAAGUCUGACUAUUUAGAUUAUUCAUUUUAAAAAACAGAAACUCAUUAAGAAUAUCUACACUGAACAAAAACCACAGUUUGCAGCUUCUAAAGUAAAAUUCCAACCAAAGAAUUAGUAUCUCGUUUUAAACAUAAUACUUUUGAUUUUCAUAACAUGUUUGAAUGCAUCUGAUGAAAGCACCUCCUAUAUUUGGGACUAUAAUUCAAGUCAAAGAUCAGGUGGGCAAUUAUGGCACUCAAUUAAUAAAUCAGUUUACUGAAUUAUUUAGCAUCUGUUGACCUGGAUUCUGUCCUGCUUGUGGUCAUUAUCAUUUAAUCCAUAAACAGAGUCCAGGUGCUCCAAAUGCUGAUUAGUAUAUGCCAUAAUUGGAAAUUCUUUAAAGACUUUCUAUUUACACUAAUGCAGUGAGUAGUAUAUGUGGAGCCCCUUUUGUAUGUGUAUCUAUCCAUGUUUCCUGCUCUUUUUGUUGUUAUUAGUAUAUCACCAACACAAAAAGCAGUUAGCAGUAGAUGUGAACUCUUACGAGAUUGUAUUGGAGAACUUAUUAUCAAAGAAAAGUGU